AUGCUUGUCGAAGAAGAUAUCCUGAGGAGCAGUGAGCGCCAACAGGGGAGUAUGCUCCUCAGCAACGCGGGAGCCUGCGGUGAUACGAACGGCGUUGUCGCCGCCGCGAACUUCGAGCCCACGUCGGGAGAGAACACGGAUGGAGUGGAGGACAAGCUGUACCAAGGCGACCUGGACAACGGCAGGGGUGGCGGUGGCCUGUACAUGGAGAGCGGCAUGGAAUUUGUCAUCAGCCUCGACGACAACGACGACGAUGAUGCCCCCACCGUUUCCUUGGCCGCACAGUCGGAGUCCGACUCCUUGCCCGGCCACCGCUGUGGUCCCAACGAGGGGAGCCCCAAACAACAGGCCGACGCCGCCAACAACGGGAAUGCCGCCUCACAGCAGCGGCAGCAAGUGCCCCGUGGCGGGUGCCCCGCCUCCGUGGGAAACGGCAGCACAAACUCCGAUGUCUUUUUCAUUUCCUACAGCAGUUGGACAAACCAUUUGCCCAACGAUAGCGUGACCGGCGAAGUCUCACCGGCGGUCUCCUCUUCCCUGGAGCCGUCGGGGGCGGGGGGUGGUGGGGUGUCGCCACAGCAGCUGCCGCAGCAGUUCGAGGUGCCCUUCGGGGGGAAUUCGCUCGAGAGGGACGCGGCGGGCUCCGAGUCCAGGCGGCAGCCACAGGAUGAGAUACGAAGCAACCUGUUCGUCUCGGGCCUCCACUCCAGUGUGACGGAUAACGAACUGUACAAUCAUUUUCACCCCUACGGUGAGAUUGAAUCGGCGAAGGUGAUGCUAGAUAUCCACACAGGAAAGAGCCGCGGCAUCGCUUUUGUGAAGUUUAAGGAAGUUGCUGAUGCCGAGAAGGCCGCAGAUGACAUGAAUAACUCCAUUUUCCAUGGGGAUACGAUCGCCGUGCGGGUGGCCAAGCCGCAUGCCGCCUACCGUCCCGGUGCGCCCACGAACAAGACCUUUGUGCGGAACAUCCCACUCAGUGUAAAGAAGGUGGAUCUCAUUCAACACUUUGGACGCUACGGUGAGGUGAUGGACGUCUCCAUUCAUAACGACACGGCGCAGCGGUCCUCCAACAAGAGGCGGAACGUUGCCUUCAUCACGUACUCAACCAAGGAGGCAGCCGCGAAUGCGGCGAAAGAGACACACACAAGUACACCGUUUGAGGACUGUGAGGGCGUCCCGCUGCUUGCGAAGGUUGCUGAGGACUCCGCUCACCGCACUGAACGUCUCGCCCGGCGCGGGGCCUGUCGCCACGGCAACCUGAAGAACAGCAUAAACAGCGCGAGCAAUAGUCUCACUAGUUACGUGCCAGGGCCUCCGUCCUCACACACGCCAGGCCCAGUGUCGCAGAAAGUGUUGGAGCAGACCUUUUCAGCUAGCGCCCCAGCGUACCCGUUAAUGCCGCCGCUGGGUGGACGGCCCGUCCUUCCCGAUCCGUACUCUGGGGGUGCUGCAGCCCCGGCGUUUUACGCAGCCCCGUUUCUUUCCGUGCCGCCAGCUCACACUGGGGCCCCGCCUGUCUUCCUUCUUGGUCCAGAAUCAAGACCGGCCGUGCUCGCACCCUCACUGCCCUAUUCUUUCUUCGGCAAUUCCCUGCGGACGGUGGCGCCAAUGAACUCCUUGACGGAUACGGUGCCUGCCGCAGCACCGGCGCCGCAGCUGAUGGUGUACCCCCCCGGCACCCCUCCCGUGGUGGCGCCACGAUCGACAUUUCUUUGCUAUUUGCCAAACGGGCAGAUGACGCUUGGCGCCACGCCGCCGCAGUAG